AUGGGAGAAGCAGGACUUGCAGCAUCGUGUCAGAAAAAAAACUGUUUUCUAUUUUAGUCCUUGGAAACUUAGAUGCUCGUUGGUGCAAGCAAUAAUUGAAUAACAUAGAUUUCAAAAUGUAUUUUGCGACGCGACCGUUGUAGUCAGCCUGUUAUGAGUUUGAAACGUAGCCGUUAUGUCUGGGGAAGCACAGGCGACUAUGUUAUUGUUUUUUUUAUUUUUUUUUAGCUAGAAUGACUCAACAACCAACAUUAAAAACGAGUGCUGAGGGUCUUAUUGUUGCAAACUUCCCUUACUUGGCUGACGACAAAUAUGUCCGCGGGGAUUCCCACAAGGGCGUAGGUUUGAAACGUAGCCGUUUAUCUCAGGGGAAACACAGGCGAUUUCAUGUUGUUAGGGGAGUUUGAGCCCGAUUUAAUAUAUACAGGCAAGUUCAACGUUGUGUCCUGUUUCGUUCACGGUAGUGUGAAACAUAAGUAGUAUACGAGCUAACUAGCAUUCUAACGUUUCACGUGUGUAUUUAGUUUGACGAGCCUAUAACAACACAGGAGCCCUUGCAUUUGUAUGUAGACUACACUUCUUCGUGAUGGAAAGGAGAGCAAGAAAUUGCCAAUUACAAAGCCAUUCGGCCUCGAGUUUGGUCCAGGAAAACGUAUCCAAGAGAAAUAAGUUCCUGAAUCUGUAGUUUGAGUUCCUCCAUACAGCGCUUCAGAUUCCACGGGAAGCCAUCGACAAAAUCCAACUCGAACGUGUACACCGCUUCGGCCAGAGUUCACAGGCAUGCUACCUGUGCUCCCUCUUGAUGUCCUGGAGGAGAUGCUCCUAAAUGUCCCUCCACAGCAGGUGGUGUGUGUCUGUCGACUUGUGUGUUGUGAGUGGAAAGAAGUGGUGGACAGUGAUUCCCUUUGGAGAGAGAGGUGCCGAAGAGAAGGAUACCAGACAUAUGUGACUAAACUACCUAAAGACUGGCGUUUGUUUUACUUCUUGUGUAAGAAGAGACGUAAUCUUCUCAAGAACCCCAGAGCAGAUGAUAAAUUCAAGGGCUGGCAAAUUAUGGAGAAUGGAGGGGAUAAAUGGAAAAUCGAGUCAGUGGAAGAAGUGCCGCUUCCUGACAAUACUGUCCAAAAGUACUUUGCGACUUCUUACUCGACCUGCAGGAAGUCUCAGCUGAUUGACUUGGAGAAAGAGGGUUACAGGCCUUCUUUCAUGGAUGACUUUCAACCCGACAUCAUUAUAUCUGACUGGUAUGCUCCACGCUGGGACUGUGGCUCUGAAUAUGAGAUCUGUGUUGAGUUGCUAAAUCGUAAGAAGAAGCCAAUUAAGAAGUUUAGUCCAGAUACUGUUGUCUUUCAACAGUGGAAUGAUCAGAAAUGGAAUCAGAUGACUCAUGUGUUCAAGAAUUAUGGACCAGGUGUGCGUUACAUCCGAUUCAUUCAUGGAGGAAAUGACACUCAGUUCUGGGCCGGCUGGUAUGGAAUUCGGGUCACCAACAGUAGCAUCGAGAUCUUCCCAUCGGUGGACAAAUAGAUUUUGGUGUUCCCAUUUACUCUCCUAAGAGGUUACAUUUGAAUGUUUUGCUGACCUGCAAGCUUUGAAACCUCUCUUAGUGUAGUGAACAUCAUUAUGUAUUUUCAGCCUUAGGCAAUAGGCACACUGAUGUUUCUCUGUGGAUAUAAAUUAUUCUGGCUGUACAAUACAGGUAACUGCCAAAAUAAUGGAAACGUUUGAGUAAAUGAGGGAUACAAAGUAUAUUGAAAAGAGGUACUUCCUCACAGGUGUUGUUCCUGAGUUAAUUAAGCAAUUAACAUCCCAUUGUACUUAGGGUCAUGUAUAAAAAUUCCCAGUUGCCCGUUAUUUUGGUUACUAUGGCUAGAGGAGAUCUCAGUGACAUUGAAAGAGGGGUCUCCAAGGAGCAUAGUGGUCGGUCUGUCUCAGUCACCAGGUCUCAACCCAGUUGAACACUAAUGGGAGAUUCUGGAGCGGUGCCUGAGACAGCGUUUUCUACCACCAUCAAUAAAACACCAAGUUAUGGAAUAUCUCAUGGAAGAAUGGUGUCGCCUCCCUCCAAUGGAGUUCAUCACACAGAAUGUGCUCAGGCACGUUGAAGCUGUUCUAGCUAGUGGUGGCCAGCGCCCUAUUAAGACACUUUGUUUUCUUUAUUUUGUCAGUUACCUUUAUCAUUUGUGUCCAUUUCUGAAUUGUGCAGAGCAAAGCAAAAAUUCACAUGAUAUUAUUAAUUUCAUUUCUGCUUUGCUCUGUACAAUUCCGAGGAAGACAGACCAAAGGAAAGUGUGAACUUCAAUGUAAUGUAUUAGGUACAUAAACGUCUGACCCAUUUUGACAAACACCUUUUAAGAAACGUAGUUGAACACUUUUGCUUGUACUCACCUAUAUCUUAACUUCUAUAAUGUAAUUGUUACUUACAGUGCCUUCAAAGUAUUCAUACCCCUUGACUUACGCCACAUUGUCUUGUUACAGCCUGAAUUCAAAAUGUAUUAAAUCAAUUUUUCUUAAACAUGUACACACAAUA